AGUAACUGCUACGAUAAUUGUGGAAGUCUUACCUGUCAAUGAAUUUGGGCCGGCAUUUAGUAAAGCAGAUUAUGCGUUUGUUGUUCCUGAAACGGCUGGAGUCACCUUUGGAACAUAAAAUUACAUUGAAGGCAUGGAAUAGAAAUUAUGGGAAGGAAGGAAGAAAAGAAAGAAGGAAGGAAGCUCACCAUAAAGUUGGACAAGUAACCGCCACAGAUGAAGACUACCCAUCAGACUGUGUGACCUAUAGAAUAGGCCAUGGAGACAUUUUUUACCCCGUUGAGAUAUUCUGGUUGGAUCCAGUGUCUGGAGUAAUAGAACUGAUAACAGAACCAGACUACGAAUCUGUCCAGCAGUACAAACUGAUCAUUGAAGCUGUUGACUGUGAUCUGUUUCAUCCCAGAACUGCUAGUACUCUAGUGAUGAUAGAUAUCAGAGAAGAGAAUGACGAAGCCCCCCUAUGCACACCCCUUACCUAUAGAGCAACAGUGCUUGACAGUACCUCCCCAGGAACAAAUAUAAACAGCUUUCGGCUUACCUGCCACGAUAGAGACUCUGCUGAUACUUCAAUGCGGUUUGAGAUUGUUUCCGGAAAUGGUGGUAACCAUUUUGGUUUUGACCCAAUUCGAGGGUCCAGUUCACCACGACUGAUUGUGAAAAGCCCUUUGACUUUGAAGAUAGAAUGGACAUGCAGACCCAGUAUCAUCUUGUGGUUCACAUUAUAGAUGACAACUUGUACAAUAACUCUGUUUCCAAAGCUAUGACAGGAACAGUCCUGAUAGAUGUUUCUGUGGUUAGAACCAGGACUCCUCCUCCAACAACGCCAUAU